AAAUUUGUUAUUAUUUUGUAUGUACGGCAGUUCCAAUUUUCGGUGCAGACUUUUUUCUGAAGAAUUGUUUAUUAAAAAUUUAAUUUAAAUUAAAUUAAAUAUCUAAUUGAGAUGACAAAAGAACAAAAUAUUCGAAAACGUAAAAACGAAUCUCCCAUUAAGGAAAACAAUCCAACAGAAAUUAAGGAAAAUGAUUCGAAGGAAAAGAAAACCAAAUCUGGGAUACAAUUUCCCGAUUUAGGAAAAGCCACCCGAUCUACAACCCACCGCGUUUGGACUCGAUCUGUGAUGAUAAUCUCUGUAAUGACUGUUGUUUAUUUCUACACAAAAGACUCCAAAGAAGUCAAAUUUGCCCUGCAAAAAGAAACAAUUCCUUUGCGUAUGCAAAAAGUCCCGUGUUCCCAAAAGUACUUGGCCGAAAUGGAAGAAUUUCCCAAAUGUGUCCCAUCGACUUGCGGACGUUUUGUCUCAGAUUCACUCAUUACCAAAACAGAGACACAAAUUCUACUAAAUUUAGUUAAAGAUGUUCUAAAAUAUGGUGGCUCAUCGGGUGGAGCAUCAAUUUUGGAUUUGCAUUCGGGAGCAUUGUCUCAGGGAGAUAAAUUCAUCAAUGUCUAUUCGUUACCGCAGGCAAAUGAUGCAUUUAAAAAGGAAUCUCUAGUCACCUAUCGAUUAGUUAAAUCAAAGAUUAAGACCGCUAUAGCUCAGCGAUUUGGUAUAGAUGUUGAUAGUUUGUACUUGACUCAUCCGACUUUCUUCUCGAGAAUUACAAAUGAAACGGCGAAAACAAUACACGAUGAAUAUUGGCAUCCGCAUGUGGAUAAGGAAACUUAUGAGUCGUUCCAUUAUACGUCGCUGUUGUACUUGAAUGAUUAUAAGAAAGAUUUCAAUGGUGGAAGGUUCCUCUUUAUCGAUGGUAUGGAGAAGAAUAAAACCAUUUCGGCUAUAGAACCGAAAAUGGGACGUGUAAGUGCAUUUACUUCGGGUUCAGAAAAUUUACAUAAUGUUGAAAAAGUAACUGAUGGAACUAGGUUUGCCAUCACAAUCUCAUUUACUUGUAACUCUAAUUUUGCUAUCAAUGAUCCGAAAUUAAGCGUAGAUUAGGACUAUUGUACACAAUUUGCAAAAAAAAAAAAAACUAAACAUAUCAUUCCAGCUAAAGUUCCAAGAAAAC